UUGCCAGCUUCCGGGCGGAACCUUUUUUGCUCAUCCGUGCAGUUGGAUCGCGGGACCAAUUUCAACAACACAAUCCGGAGUAGUCAACAUGGCGGCCGCCAUACGAUGCCUCGGCAGAGUCUUGACACAACAUCAAAGGCACUGUCUUUCCAAGGCAGCUUAUCAAGCCCCUUCCUCCCCCUGCUCUGUCAAUGUUCUCUGGACCCACAGACAUUUUGCUGCAGCCGCUGCUGCUACAAAGCCACAAAGGAAAUUUAAGAAAGAAGGAAAAGACAAGGAAAAGAUGUCAGAUGAAAAACCAGAUGAAAUAGAAAAAAUAAAGUCAUAUACCUACAUGGAAAGCGAACCUGAAGAUGAUGUCUAUUUAAAGCGUUUAUACCCAAGACGGAUUUAUGAGGUGGAGAAGGCUAUUCACUUACUUAAGAAGUUUCAGGUUUUGGACUUUACCAAUCCAAAACAAGGCGUUUAUCUUGAUUUAACAUUAGAUAUGGCAUUGGGGAAAAAGAAAAAAGUGGAGCCUUUUGCCAGUGUUAUUAGUUUACCGUACCCUUUUGCUUCAGAAAUCAACAAAGUUGCUGUAUUUACAGGGACUGCAUCAGAGUGUAAAAUAGCAGAAGAGAAUGGAGCUGCGUUUGCAGGAGGAGCUGACCUGGUUAAGAAGAUCUUGGAUGAUGAGGUUGUUGUGGACUUCUAUGUAGCUGUUCCGGAAAUAAUGACUGAGCUUAACCCAUUAAGGAAAAAACUGAAAAAAAGAUUUCCAAAGACUACUAGAAAUUCCGUUGGUCGUGACAUCCCUAAAAUGCUUGAAUUAUUUAAAACUGGACAUGAAAUUGUGGUAGAUGAAGAAAGACAGAACUUUCUCAGCACCAAAAUAGCAACAUUGGAUAUGCCAAGUGACCAAGUAACUGCCAAUCUUCAAGCAGUUCUAAAUGAAGUCUGUAGGCACAGACCACAAAAUCUGGGUCCAUUUGUAGUUCGUGCCUUCCUUCGUAGUUCAACCAGUGAAGGUUUGCUGCUGAAGACUGACUCGCUGUUGUCCAAAGAAGUUGAAACCAAAGAAGCUACCUAAACGUGUUGUCUUGUGAAAUUAUUGGGGGGGGGGUGUAAAAAAAAUAGCAACAGAGAAAUGUAUAAAACUGUAUAAUGUCUUGUUUGGUUCCUCAUAAUUUUUUGAUGAAUACAUUUAGAAGUACAUUUUAACACCUGAGUUUUUUUUUACAGUUUCAAAAAUAAAUGUCAGUUUUUAAAAAUC